AUGUCACAACCUCCACCCCCCGGCGUCUACGUCCCCGUUCCUACAUUCUUUCUCCCCCGCUCUUCUCCCUCCUACUCUUCAAUCGCUUCGCCCCUAGAUACCGAAACCCAAGCUGCGCAUUCCAUCCACCUUGCUCGUUCGGGCAUUAAAGGAUUGGUCGUUUUGGGUAGUACGGGGGAAGCCGUACAUCUUUCGAAUGCAGAGAGAUAUACGGUUUUGAAAGGAUGCAGAGAUGCGUUGGAUAAAGAGGGAUUUGGAGAGGUAGGGAUUAUCGCCGGGACAGCGAGUCAGAAUAUUCAGGAGGUGGUGGAACAAUUGGGCGAGGCGAAGAAGGCGGGGAGUGGAUGGGGAUUGGUGCUUGCACCGGGGUAUUUUUCGGGGGCUAGUACACAGGAGGGAAUUAUUGAGUGGUUCAAAGCAGUCGCAGACCAAAGUCCCAUCCCAGUAAUGAUAUACCAUUAUCCCGGCGUCUCGAACUCUGUGCGCGUUACUCCUCAAACCUUUACCACACUCGCUGCACACCCCAAUAUCGUCGGGUGCAAACUCUCUCAUGGAGAUAUUUCAUAUCAUGCGCAAAUAGCACUUUCUCCUCAUAUCGACCAUUCACAUUUCUAUACUUUUACUGGAUUGGGUCAGCAAUUGUUGCCGGUGAUGAGUAUUGGAUGUAAGGGAACUAUUGAUGGUAGUGCUGGUUUCUUCCCCAAGAGUGUGGUUAGACUUUAUGAAUUGAGCGUUAAGGAUAAUGUUACGGCGGAAGAGAAGAAGGAGAGAGGGUUGUUGCAGUGGAAGUUGAGUGGUGUGGAGGAGAUUGUCGUGAAGUAUGGGACGGUGGGUAUUAAAGAAUGCGUAUCUAGGAUACUGGGAAUGGGAGAGAAAGAUGGAACGAGGUUACCUCUUAUAGGGGGCAUUCCUGGAGGAGAUGCGGAGUGGGAGAAGUGGAGGGGAGUUAUCGGGGAGUUGGAGGAGGUGGAAAAGAGUUUGUAG